GUGGGAUAUCUGCAAUCUGUGGGGUUUUGUCUUGUCAUUUAGGCUAAUAUACCCUGUUCGUUUGCAUCAUAAUUUAUUAGAGCAGGGUGCUACCAUAGCCGUCGACAAUCUAGACACUGACAUGUUAUGGCUGUAUGGGAGAUUUGAGAUCUUACAUAACAUGUUUGAAUUAAAACGGACUCGGAUUGGGCCUGUCCUGAAUCACACAAUGGAGCAGCACAGUCGCCUGAUCUCUUAAUAAGUCUCUUAUUUACGCUACAUUAAACCGCAAUCUAAUUAAAAGCUUAUGGCAGCGUUCUCUCCGUUACGGAGGUGCACUUCUUUCGAACAAAUGCUUUUGUAAUUGUUUUUCUACUGUGACAUUUCACUUGGAUACAUUCUUCAUUAGUUCUUAAUAACAUAAUGCCGUUUAAACUAAUUGACACUUUUUAGGUUCGGGCUACUAGAUGCAUUCCAAGACAAGGCCAUUUUGAAUGUAUUAACGAAGCUUUGAUACUUAAUAUGUAACUGUAUGAAGACUUUUCAGCAAACACUUGGAAAUGUUCUAACCCAACCCAGACCUUCACACCGAUAUGAGAUUCCAUGGCAUAUGAGCAUGCGUGCUGCAUCCAAGUCUCUCGUCUCCUUAGCAACGCUAAAGGGAGAAGGGGGGUUGAGCACGGAGCACAGAAAAAGAGGCGAGGACGAGAGAAGAGGUACCCAGACGGGUCACAUGAUCUUUUCCAAACAUCGGUCUAUCAUUCUGCCUUUUGUGGAUAUGGUCUUUAUUUUGAGACUUUUUAGCUAAUAUCGGAAUACCGACGUCAGCGAGCCUGGUAACGGAUCGCAACCUGCGUGUAUUCAAAAUAGAAUCCGGUGAUUGAACCACAGAAUUUGAUAUGACAGACGUCGGCCCUCCAGAGGUGAGGCCCAAGCCCGUGGUCCCAGCCAAGCCCCCUCAUGUGGCCCCUCCCCCGGUCCCUUCCCACCCCGCCCCGCCCUCAGUGGCCGGGGUUCGAGUGUCGGGGGGGUCCACGCUGCUGGGGUACAUUGGGAUUGACACCAUCAUUGAGCAGAUGAAAAAGAAGACAGUGAAGACGGGCUUUGACUUCAACAUGAUGGUUGUAGGACAGAGUGGCCUUGGCAAGUCCACACUGGUGAACACACUCUUCAAGUCUCAGGUCAGCAGGAAGAGCAGUGAUUGGGGCCGAGAAGAGAAGAUCCCUAAGACCGUAGAGAUCAAGUCCGUGUCACAUGUGAUUGAAGAAGGGGGCGUUAGGAUGAAGCUGACCAUCACAGACACACCAGGCUUCGGGGACCAGAUCAAUAAUGACAAAUGCUGGGAGCCCAUCUCGAAGUUCAUCAACGAGCAGUACGAGAAGGUCCUGAAGGAGGAGGUGAACAUCGCCCGCAAGAAGCGAAUCCCGGACACCCGAGUCCACUGCUGCCUCUACUUCAUCGCCCCCACUGGCCACUCGCUGCGUCCCUUGGACAUUGAGUUCAUGAAACACCUGAGCGGCUCGGUCAACCUCAUCCCCGUCAUCGCCAAAUCGGACACGCUCACACCUGAGGAGAAGUUUGAGUUCAAAAUGAGGGUGAGGAAGGAGCUAGAGAAGUGCGGUAUUGAGUUUUACCCUCAGAAGGAGUUUGACGACGACGUGGAGGACAAGAGCGACAACGACAGGAUCCGGGAGGUCAUGCCCUUUGCAGUGGUGGGCAGUGAUAAGGAGUACCAGGUCAACGGCAAACGGGUCCUGGGACGGAAGACCGCAUGGGGCAUUGUAGAAGUUGAAAAUCUGGGCCACUGCGAGUUCUCUCUGCUUCGAGACUUCAUCAUCAGGUCUCACCUCCAGGACCUGAAGGAGGUGACCCACAACAUUCACUACGAGACCUACCGCGCCAAGCGCCUCAACGAUAACGGCGGCCUCCACCCCAUCUCCACGGCUGUGAACGCACAUGAGAGCAACUUGUAAACCACACGCACAGAUGAUAUACUGAGAGAUAGAGUGAAAGAAAGAAAGAAAGAAAGAAAGGAAGAAAGAAGACUGGAGAGAAUGAGAGAGAGAGAAAUAAAAGAGAGAGAAAAGGUUUUUUUUGGUUAUUUUUGCUAGCUAAACAUUUUCGUGUUGUGCCAAGUGAUCACUGCAUGUUCGAAGGGAGCUCGCUGUUGUGCUCAAGUUUUGCCAGUUGAGUUUUAUUUUUUUAUUUUCCAUGUGUGUGAACGUGUGUGUGUGUGUGUGUGUGUGUGUGUGUAUGUGUGUGACUGUGUUUCUGUCCGCACACUACUAUUGUCCUGAUCUAAACUCUCUUACACAGCUCACAAUAGUAAACUCCCCUGUCCUGAAGCACCUAGU